AUGGCCAGGUUUAUUACAUUAAGAAUUUCUCUUUCUAGUUUUUGGGGUGCUUGUCUUUGUACCUGCAGUUUUUGGGCAAUAUAUCCAUUCACUUUAAAAGAGCUACAACUUCCUUUAGCAGGAUGGUUUCCCUUCGAUACUACGAAAAGUCCAAACUUUGAGAUAGCUUAUGUAUUUCAAAUUUAUACUGCAACCCUGAAUGGAAUUUCUAAUAUCAGCAUUGAUACUUUAAUGUCAAGUUUAAUAAUGGUGAUAUGUGCACAGCUGAACAUCCUUAACGAUUCCUUGAGAAAUAUCCGCCUAUUUGCAGAGGCUGAACUGGAUCAGGCUGGCUUCACGAACGUAGCUGAUAGAGAUGAAAUAUCGCCUCGAUUACAGUAUACAAUGAACAGAAAAUUAGUAGAAUGUAUUGUUCAUCACAGAUGCAUUCUGGAGUAA